AAACAUUGCUGCAGUAGGCUUUGGUUAGUUUCGCGAGGCACUUUCUAAAACUCGGCUGACACUUCCCGCGUUCCGUUCAGCGAUUGACGCAUGUUAUUGUUAUCAUUCGUCAGCCGCUCUGAUUGUGGGUGAGAAAACUGCAGUUUUGAUGAAGAUAUGCUGUUUCAUUGAUGAAUUGCUAGCGGACGAGCUCAGCGUUAUUUGUGAGUUGAAGAAAAGUGACGCGUCAAUCUUUGAGUGAUGUGUUUGCUGUCCAAGUGAAACGAACUGAAGUUGUUCGGAUUCAAGAACGUUGCUACAAGAAGAAUGAAAAUCAUCUAGAACGUGAAAUGGAUGAAGCCGAGGCCAAUUCCCAAGCAAUUUUGUUGUGGUCCAGAUUUUACGUCCAGAGAGUAUUUGUACCGAUCUUGCUAUGUCUGGGUCUAGCCGGGAACACAGUUACUGUAAUGGUAUUAACGAGAAGGAGGAUGAGAAGUUCAACAAACACCUAUUUAUCAGCCUUGGCUAUAGCUGACAUCAUACAACUAAUUUUUGGAUUUCUUCUUUCGUUCGAGCACUACAACAACAUCCACGACAAAAAAUACGAACUAUAUUGGAGAUUUUACGGACUCACACAUUGGCUUUGCGAUGCUGCAAGUGGUACUUCGGCUUGGCUGGCAGUUUCUUUCACCGUGGAGAGAUACAUAGCAGUCUGUCACCCUAUGAAAGGCAGAAUUUUCUGCACGGAACGACGUGCCAAGAGCCUCAUCGUUAUAGUGUACAUCUUCUGCUUGUUGACAACUGCUACUACAGCUUUUGAAUAUCAACUCGACUUCAACGAAGACUGUAUCGAGAGAUGCCCUUUGGCUUCAGCACAGCACCAACAACCUGGCAACGACACUCCCGUGCAGAAUCUACAAAUCACGGAGCCCAAUUAUGCCUACCCCUAUAAAGAGUAUUUCAAAAACCAGCUGAAGCAUAUUCUUGCGAACUGUACCACGCACCCCCAUAUAAUUCUUUUGCCUGUAUUUCCGCAUCCCGUAAACCUUCCCGAGUCUAGAUUACCGAAAAGAGCACUCUUGGAUAAUAUUCGUGCGGGGCAGAACGUUUUCGACGAUCCCUCAACAGAUCCGGAGCAAAACGGCACGAAUAUAGAAGAACAGGAUGGUUAUAAUAAUGAAAGUUCAGUGGAAAAUAGGACUUGCUGUGUUGAAAAUUUGACUGUGUACGUAGAACCGACGGAGUUGGGCAAAAGCAAAACCUAUACCGACUUCAUCUACUGGUAUAGCGCGUUGGUUUUUGGUAUCAUUCCCUUGGCGCUGAUAGCUACGUUCAAUUGUUUCUUGGUCAGAGCUGUUUAUUUGUCGCAGAAAAUGAGAAGGGUGAUGACGAAUUCUCAGGAUAGUGUCUCAUUUACGAACGAAAAAAGAAUAACGAUCAUGCUGAUUGGAGUGGUUUUCAUUUUCCUCUUUUGUAAUGCUCCCACAGCCUGUCACUUGAUCUACAGUCACUUUCAUAGGCCAAAGACCAAAGUGGAGGAAAACAUAAUGCUGAUUCUCGGCAACUUCUUCAACCUGCUGGUAAUGCUGAACGCCCCGUGUAACUUCCUGAUCUACUGUCUCCUUUCGAAGAAGUUCCGAAGCACGUUCCGCAAGAUCUUCUGGGAGCGCCGAAACACGGGCAGUCAUUUCGAAGCUGAAACGAUUCUGCUGUCGUCAACCAAGAGCAAAGACAAAUUCAAUCCGCUCACACACGGCCUGGUGAAGAGAAACGCCUCCGAGUACCGCACUCCAAGAAACUUGGAGACUCAAAGUUUGACGAGCAUACCCAGGUCAAAAUCGCUGAUAACACGUUCUGUGGGCAAAGCGAAAUCCAGUGAUUUGAAUGUUUGAACUAUGUUAGUUUACCGUUUUAUCGUUUAUAUCUUGUCUGUGUCAAACCAAUCGUGAAUUAUAGCCUCGAGAUAGAUCAGCCAAGCGGGGUACAAAUUGAAUAUUCCUGAUAAUACUGUAUUUUCAUAGAAACGACCCCGUCAUUUUUCAUUAAACUUUGUAUAUUUUGUUUAGAAUAAGGAAUGUAUAUAAUAUAUUGCAAUAGAGAGAGGCUUGAAAUAUGUUCUUAGUUCAGACAUGAAAAUAUAACCUUGCUGUGAUGAGGGCCACUAUCGACGAAGCCGUCAGAGGGCGCUAUAGGGCGAGACUGAGACGACAGUUUAACAUGGAUGUUUGACUUUGGCUUAUUUAAGGACUUCUGAGCUAGUUUUGUGAAGUUUUGGCAUAUAAACUGGAUGUAAAUAAUAUGUUAACUCAAUGAUUCACAUAAAGAAAUAAUAAAUCAACAAUGAAUAUGGAAUUUGAAAAAUAUAGAAACAAUGGUAGAGGAAACAAAUUAUCAUGAACUGAAAUAAAAAGGAAUGAGUAAAUGAAUCGAAUAAUAACUUUAGGUGAAUAAUAUGUGAACAAUAAAAAUAAAGGUGAACCAGUUAUCAACCGAAGGCGAUUGUGUAUAUGUACUUACAAUGGAAACGUCAUCGCAUUUUUUUCAUCAUUCAUCUUCAUUAUUUUAUCUUGACUUUUAUUGUUUACAUAUUAAUUCUCAACACAUUUUUUUAAUGUUUCCUUUUCAAAGUAGCUCAUCAGAAUAUUUUGGUUGUGGUGUUUUUAAUCUUUUAAUCACACAUUUUUCAUGUUGUUCUCAGAGAUUUGAAAAAUGGUAACAAUUAUAGCAUUCACAACCAUUUAUGUAAACUCUGACUAGACUACAGUACUUGUCACAUUACACCUUCCGCAUUAGUAUCGCUUGUCUUUAAACUUCCUUCUUCACAUAUUUCUUAACUCCUUGUAGCAUAAUUCAAAUACAGUCAUUCAAUCCAUAUGUAAAUAAAGAACCACGAGAACUGACUUUACGCCCCUCAGCGCCCUCUCCGGGCAAGAAUUUUCGUGAUUACCCUCAUUUUUAAUAAUUUUAUUCGAUAUUCUUUUCUAGGAUUAUCUGUUUGAUGUACUUAAUCUAGGAUUAAUUUUGUAGUGACUGAACUUUUCAAUAAAUUUAUCGAUAUAUUAAAUGUUU